AUGACCUUCAUGCUCCGACCUGGCCGCAUGUAUCCGCCACACGAUUCCCACGAAUCCGUCCAGUAUUGGAACGCCGGAUGGUUCUAUGAGAAGAACCUCUCAGGUCCAGGCAUCCACGAAGGACUGCCCAAGUUUACCAACAAGCCUCCGGAAGAAAUGGCAAGCUGGAGCUUCAUCCCCACCCUCGCCCAAACUCCAAUCUUGGAGAAGGCUGCACGGAGGAUCUCUUGGAAUCCGAGCACCACCACCGCGCAGCCCAACAUCCAGGAGCCCAUAACAAAAUAUAUGAAGAAGUCUCCGGCCAUUGGUCCCGCCACUCCUGCUCCGCCGAGCGCCCCCCAAGCUACCCCACAGCCUUCUCCUCCUCCCACAGAGCAAUCUCCCCCUCCUGCUACAAACACUCCACCGAAAAUAAUUCCGGUUAGCAGCGAGAAGGUGGGCAGAGAAAACUCCGGAGGCAAGGGCCCUGCCCUUGAUGAGACUGAACUACAAGGCCAAGAGGAAGCGGAAGUCAACUCCUCCGGCAAAGCUGAAGCUGCGGCGAGUGAAAUCGUCGUUUUUCCGAAGAACUUCGGAGAUCCGGCAGAUCUUACCUCCACCCCGAAGGCAUAUGCGACCAAGUUUUUCAACAAGCCUGACGCCGAGUCAUCGGAGAUUCAGGACUUCAAGAAGGAAACCGGCCAAUUCCUCGACAAGCUCCUCUGCAGGCAGAAGGAACAGCAAGCUCUGCACUAUGAGCUCUACAAGAAUAUAGCUCUGCAACGCCGUGUCACCCUAAGCCAGGCGGAGAAAAUCCUGCAUUUCAAAGAGGAGAAUGCGGAUUUGAAGAAGAAACUAUCAGACGCCCAAGGUGCAUCCACCUCUCUUGCCGCCGCCUCCUCCGAGCUUGAAGCCCUGCGCUCCUCCCAGAAAGAUCUUGAGUCAAAGCUUGCAGAGGCGGAGAAGAAACUGGCAGAGAAGAACUCAGAACUCAUCCGUAAAGAGGGCGAAUUCCAACUCAAGAGGAAAACUAAUAGUGAAACCAUCAAGCAGCAGCAAAAAGAACUGGGCGGACUCCGGAAGUACAUGGAGACAACGGAACAAUGCUGGGAUCUGCUGAACUCCGACUUCAUGGGUAUGUCCACAAAGCUCAUAGAGUAA